UUUACUGUUUACUGUUUCUCUGAAAUUUGUACAGGAAAGUGGAAAUUAUUUAAAUUUUUUAUUAUAUAGACAUGUUUAAAAUACCAGAUUGGGGUGAAGAUGUACCCAAAAGUAAUAUUGACGUAGAUAAAUUAUUUCCAAGUAAACACAAGUCCAAAUUAAAACAAAGUAAAGGUGCUCAAAACACAGGUCAUUUAAAGAAUAACACCAAAAAUAGAGGCAAAUCAAUACCAAAUGGUACUGGUCGAAUAACCAAAAUAAAAAAUGUGAAACAACCUAAGUAUACAGCUAAAAAGUUUCAGAAUAUUUCACCAAAAGUUAAGAGUGCUAUCAAGAAAACAGAAAAUAAACCAACCCCUAGCUGUAACAUCAUAGAUAUUCAAAAUUGUGAUACAGACAAGUUGGAUGAAGUUAUCCUAGAUGCUAAAAAGAAAAAUCUAAUAGAUUCCUAUAAAAAAGAUGACAAUGAAGAGGAACUAUUUACAGAAAAAGUUGAAAAAAGUUUUGAAAGAGUUAAAAAGAGUAAAAUAAUCAAUGAUAAUCAACUUAGCCGUGGUAAACAACAAACGAAACUGAAGAGAAAUGAAAGAAAAUUAAAAAAACAAGUAACACAAAGUAAAGUACCUUCUGAGAACAACAUAGAGAUAAUAAAAGUACAGAAUACAUUUAAUAACUCAGCUGAAAAUAUUAAAUAUAAAAAUGUUAGGAAGAAAAACAAAAAUGGAGGUGUAUCUACUGAAAUUCCUCUAUCUAAAAAUACCAAAAAUAAAGAUAAUGAAGAUGAAAGAUUACAAGGUAAUAACAAUAUUGUUAAAAUAACUAAUGUUAGCAAUGCUUCAACUGACAAUACAAAAGGUAUAAAAAAUGAUCGAAAAAAGGGAUUGUUAAAAAAUAUGUUGCAAAGUCAUAGGACUCCAAUAAAUGUAAGCGGGAACAAAUUACGAGAGAGAAUGUUAGAGAAAUUAAAUGCUGCAAAAUUCAGAUUUCUAAAUGAAAAGUUGUAUACAUCGAGUGGUUCUGAGGCACAGAAACUGUUUCAAGAAGACCCCACAGCAUUCCAGACUUACCAUCAGGGUUACCAGCAACAGGUGAAGAAGUGGCCGGUCAACCCCUUAGAUGUUGUAGUGAAGAGAAUAAAAAAUUUACCAAAAACCCACUUGAUAGCCGACCUGGGGUGUGGAGAAGCAGCGCUAUCUAAAAGAGUCACCCAAAACGUGCGGUCAUUUGACCUGGUAGCCACAGCACCCGGGGUGGAAGUCUGUGACAUGGCUCACACGCCUCUGCUCAGUGCAUCCAUGGAUGUAGCAGUGUACUGUCUUGCCCUAAUGGGAACUGAUCUUACUCAGUACCUUGUGGAAGCUAACAGGAUUCUAAAAAUGGGUGGUCACCUGUUAAUAGCGGAAGUGGAGAGUAGAUUUGAUGAUGUAGACUCAUUCACAAAGGAAGUACAAAAGUUAGGUUUCACCCUCAGGAAGUUGGAUAAGACACACAAGGUGUUCUAUUUUAUGGAAUUUACAAAAACGAGAGAGCCACCAGUGAAAAAAUCAAAACUACCAUCACUGUACUUGAAACCUUGUAUAUACAAGAGACGAUAAAUAAACCUAUAGCAUAAAAUG